AAUCACUCAACUGCAAUUAAUAGGGGAAAAUUUCCAACGAACUAUUUAGCGCGUAGCUUUCUAUUUAGCAAACUUCUGGACAAAACCUUAUUCGCAUCGAAACUGAAAACUCCGCCGUGCUCCGCCGUUCACAGUCAAGUUCACAACAUCCGACGACUAAACCCCUAACACCACCUCUCUCUCAAUUUCUUAGGGGUUUUAUCCGCUGCAUAUACUAAGCAUGAGACCUCGCAAGGCAGACGCCUCCAAACCGCCGACCGCUAAGAAAACGCCGCCGGCGAGGAAAACCGCCACCAGGCCACAGCCGGCGGCUUACCCGCCGGACUUAGAAGUGGCCACUCCGAAAACCGUCGAAACAAAGCGCGCUUGUGCCGGCCGGGUGAAGCAGGCCAAGAAGAACGAAACGACACCGCCUGCUGAUUCGAAGUCCCCCAAACCAUCAGUAGCUGAGGGGACUGAGGGAUCAGCUGGUACUGCUAAGGUGGCACCGGCGGCGAAAGUUGGUGUGGCGAGAAAAGUACCUGCGAAAAGGUCGCCGGUGAAACUUAAGACAUCAGCUAAAUCUGUUUCACCUCUGACACCGAAAUUGGGGGGAUCGGGGAAGGGGGAACUAGAUGCAGUGAACAAGGGGCAGGCGGCAGAUGGUAGUGAUGUGGAAGUCACAGAGAAGAAACCGGUUGCUGAGAAUGUUGGGGAGUCUGCAAAGAAGGGCGAAAGCGUUGUGGAAGUUGAAGUAAGCACUGUUGAGAAUGUUGGAGAGCCUGCAACAAUCAAACAAACAAUCGUUGAAGUAAAAGUAAACCCAAAUGAAGUUGAAGAGGAUCCCGAAGAGGAAGAGGAUCCUGUUGAGGAGGAGGAUCCUAUCGAGGAAGAGGAUUCCGUUGAGGCAGUAGAAUCAGUAGCUGGGGAGAUUUCAGAGUCUUCUGAGAUAGCUUGUGAUAUAAAAGAGGGAGUGGAAGUGAUUGAGGAAGAGGGUCCUAUCAAGGAAGAGGAUCCCAUUGAGGCAGAAAAAUCUUUAGUUGCGGAGGUUUCAAAGUAUUCUGAGAACGAACCAGCUCGUGAUGUAAAAGAGGGAGUGGAAGUGAAAGAAGACCAUAAGGAGAAGUCGGAUAGAGUAGAUGUGAAAGGAGAUCAGGAGGAGUCAGUGGAUGAUGGAGAUGAAGUCGAGACCUGUGUUGAGGCUACUAACAAGGUAGAAAAUGCCAAAGAGGGGUUACAAGGAGAAGAUAUUGAGCGUGCUAAAGAGGUGUUUAAUGGUGAUGAGCAGAUGGAAGAUUAUGGUGAAAAAUUGGAUCUGGGAGAACAUGGAGAGGAGGAACUUCCUGAGGAUGAUGCAGAGGAUCCUGCAGAAGAAACUGAGAGAUUGGCUGAUGAACAUAAGGAAUUUACAGCCAUUGCAAAUGAGCGCAAGAUGAGGAAAGAACGUGAGAUAUUUCUUGGUGGGCUUGAUCGGGAUGCUGUGGAGGAAGAUGUGAGAAGGGUCUUCGACAGGAUUGGAGGGAUAGUUGAAGUUAGGUUACACAAGAAUCCUUCAUCUAAUAAGAACAAGGGUUAUGCAUUUGUGGAGUUUGAAAAUAAGGAGUAUGCAAGGCGGGCUUUGUCUGAAAUGAAAAACCCUGUUAUACGGGGGAGGCGAUGUGGGACAGCACCUAGUGAGGACAAUGACACGUUGUUUGUGGGUAAUAUAUGCAAUACCUGGACAAAGGAAGCUAUUAAACAGAAACUGAAGGAUUAUGGUGUGGAAGGUGUUGAGAAUAUAAAUCUUGUCCCAGAUGUUCAAAGUGAUGGGUUGAGCCGUGGUUUUGCAUUUAUUGAAUUCUCUUGUCAUGGUGAAGCUAUGCUUGCAUACAAGAGGCUUCAGCAGCCCGAUGCUAUAUUUGGCCACACUGAAAGAACUGCCAAAGUGGCUUUUGCUGAACCUAUACGUGAGCCUGACCCAGAGAUCAUGUCCCAAGUGAAGUCCGUAUUUGUGGAUGGGCUUCCACCUCAUUGGGAUGAGGACAAAGUUAGAGAGCAAUUUAAAUGCUAUGGAGAAAUCUUACGCGUUGUUCUGGCUCGGAAUAUGUCUACAGCCAAGCGGAGGGAUUUUGGAUUUGUUGAUUUCUCUACCCAUGAAUCUGCUGUGGCCUUUGUUGAUAGUAUAAAUAACAUAGGACUGGAGGAUGGGAAUUCAAAGGUAAAAGUGAAAGCAAGACUUUCAAAUCCUUUGCCUAAAACUCAGGCUGUGAAGGGUGGAAUGUGCGGUGGAUUUCGAAUUGGUCGUGGUGGUGGUAGUGGUAUCUUUCCAAGAUCUGGACGGGGUUUUGGUCGUGGUGGAGAUCAUUUCAACCGUGCAAAUUUCCAACCCAACAGACAUUUCUAUCGUGGUGGACGUGGUCAAACUGGCAGGAUGGGUUUCCAGAAUGAAUAUGACUUCGAUUACCCAUACGAGUUUCAUGGACGAGGGGGAAGAAGGGGCUCUUUCAGGGGUGGCCGUUAUGGAUUUGAUGGAGGUGCUCCAGUUGCUGCCCCACCAUCAAGACCCUACACAAAUCGACCUUGGCAUGAUGCCCCUGAUAGAGGCUAUGGUAUGCAUAUUCCUCCUAGGAUGCAUCCAUAUUCUCUAGGUCCAGGACACCUUGAUGGACCAUUCAUGGGGGUUCACUUUGAUGAUCCUUAUUUUUAUGAUGAUAACACACAUGGAAUAAAACGCCCAUUUCAUAUGAGAGACUAUGAUCAUGACUACUCGGAGCCUAGUAGUCGUCGCCCACGGUUGGAUUACACUGAUCCAGCAGCUUCGUUUCGAGGAAACCAUUAUAGGGAUACGUAUGGAGCUGGCAGCAGUGCCUACCCUCAUGAUUAUUAUGGUCCCGAAUAUAAUUCUGGUCCAUAUUCAUCUUAUUACGGGAGCAAUUACUCAUAUGGAGGUGGCCGCUACUGUUAGACUCAAGAACUUUUUGGUGUACUUUAUCAAAGACGGGCUACCGGCUUGCUGUUAGAAGUUGCAUAGUUUUUUCUCUUCUCUAUCUGCAUCUUUCUUUUCGUCCUUUUCUAUCUGUCUUCUUUACUUGUUAGUUGCCCAUUAAGUUAAUUUUUGGUAGGAUUUCCAAAUCUUUUCUAUUCGUAGUUUAGGUAGUCUCCAAGGGCCUUGACUUAGAAUCUAGUAAUUAUGUGUAUAGUGGAGGUCGAAAGAGACUUACCCAUUAGGCAUGGACAACUCGAUGAACUGUGUUGUGGUGGUUCUUUUGAAGUUAAGGUACUUGUUUCAUCCCUAUUCAUAAAUACCGACCCAGGCCAAUUAUUUGUUGAUUGCAGCUAAUUUUGUGGUUUAGAGAAAUCAAGUUUGGUGGUUUUAGAGAUGAAAGGUUUUCAGUUUAGGGUUUUUCCUUUUUCAUGGAGAUGCAAGGGUUAAGAUUAAACAUGCAGAUGAAGAUGAACUGACGGUUUUUUAUGGAGAGACAAUACGCAUGAAUUAUGGAGUUCUCUUCGAAAUAAAUGAGAAACUUGUAUGAUUAUAUUCUCAGAGGUUUUUCUAAAUUAGGGUAGGCUUCUAUAUGACAUUCUGAUGCUGGUGUGUAUGAUGUUACGUGGUUCUUUCCUCCAUACUGAAAUGUAGCUUGGGGUUCUUUUUCUGUAUUUAGCAUGGAUAUAGCGGCUCGCAAACAUUUUUGCCUUUUGUUAUGAAACUGUUCUGCCAGAGGUAAAAAUGUUCAAUUCCAUAAAAAAUUUAUCUUGUGGGAGAUCCCCUUGAGGUGGAAUAAGGAAUUCGUUUCUUUUCAGGUGACAACUAGUUGUUGGGCGAGUAGUUUUUAAGCUCCAAUAAACGAGUUUUUGUGGUUGUCGUCAAUAAAUUUGGACUUUUUUCUCUUUAGUUUUGACAUAGGCUGACCAUUUUAUGAUUUUUAUUCCUUCUGAAAAUUGAGGGCGGGAUACUUAAUGUGUUUGGUUCUCAAUUGAAGUUAAAGGUAUGUUAUCUGUAUUUUCAAAUGGGUAGUAGCUUAGGCUGUAUUUCGUUCUGAUUAUCCGAUUACCUUCCGUUAGGGCUUUAGAUUUUAUGAAUAUUGUGAUUGAUUAGGCAAAUGCUGGUGGUUUAUGAUGUUUCUGCUGAUUGAACAGCAUUACUUUUGGGUUCUUAAUUGAAGGUAGUUAGUCUUUGUUUUGUCAAAUGGGUAGUAGCUUCGGCGGUAAUCGGUUUUGACAUGCAUAACACUUCUCAUUAGCGGAUUAGGUAUUAUGCUGACUUGUCAUUGAUUGGUGUCAUGAACCGUGCCUCUUGUUGCAUAUCACAUAACAUUGGGAUUUUCUUACUAGCAGUAUACAAGUUCCAUAUCUGUUGAAAACAUUGAGCAUGCAGAAGCAUGGAUAACUGCUAACCCUAUAGGCUUUUUUGGUGUCCAGGAUCGGAUUGGAUUGGGUAACUCCCUAGAUGCAGUGUAUGUUGAAGAAAGAAAUGGAUGUAAAAUUCCAGUUUUUUUCUCGUAGUUAAAGGGUAGAUGCUGGAUUAAUCAUGAAAGAAACUUAACCCUCCCGAUCCUACCAGUUUUCUGUGAAUUAGUUUUCUUCUUACGAGUCCAUCUUUUACCUUCAACUUUGACAGAAUUUGGAAGUUGGCAUCCAUUCAAACAUACACUGAAUCUAGCGAGUUAUCCAAUCAGGUCCAAUUUUGAACACCAAAUGAGGACGUAUAGAAAGUCAGGAUCGAUGCUUGUCUCGGUACCAUAUGCUGUGUGAUUGAUUUUAUGUAUUAUGGUGCUAGGAUUCAUAUAGCCGACCCCACUUAGUGGGAAAAGGCUUUGUUGUUGUUGUUGUUGUUGUUGUUGUAUGGUGCUACUUUUCUGUUUGGCAGUCUCGAAUAAUACAUUGUGUCGUACAGAGAAGUUGAUCUCCAAAUCAGAAUAUUCUGAAGUUCCUCUGUCAUGUCAUUUGUUCUUUCAAUUUUGCCGAGUCUUUGCAUUGGACGGUCAAUUUGUAAAGACGUUGAUAGUUUAUAUCUUGUUUGUUAUGAUUUCACCAAAUACUCCGUUGUAUGUUA